CUCUCUCCUUCACCCGCACCUGCACUCAAGCUCCCCCGGGCCGCAGGUGCGGACGACGGCGGAAUUCCACGCCCCGCAGAGGCCCGCCAGCUCUAGGGAGGGGAAAGGAAGGCUCUGCCGCCUAAGGAUUCCAGGCUGAUGUCCCAAGGUGCGUCGGAACCCCGAGGCGCCGAUCGGUUGUGCCCUUUUAGCCAAGAAGCAUGGAGGUAAUUCAUGGCCAGCCCUGCUGCUGCAGGGAGCUUGAAGGAGCUGACAUACUGUCAGAGACCUUUUACUCUAAUGAAUUGCACACUCCACUACAAACAGCUACUCGCCCAACUGCCUCAGAGGACAGGUAUCAGAAAUUAAGACAGUCACUCCAACGAUGUAGGCUUCCAUGGGGCGCUGAAAGGGAAUAUGGAGGGAUGAUGCCCAUUUCGCUCCCUGAGGAACACAGGCCGAAAUGUGAACCUCCUAGAGUCAUGGGCAAAGGACAUCAGCAUUAUGGAUUUGGUGGAGAAAUCUGGCCAAGAAAGCUUCCUAUUGAACAAUAUUAUUAUUUGUCACAGAACAAAAAAAGUGACAUCUACGGAAAUGAUUCUUUGCUGCCCAAACCACCUAAUUCAACAGUAGGGGAAAUCUGCUCCCCGUAUCCGAUUGAACACCCCUACCAUACACACAUCUCCCGUGGAGCCAUGUUCCCGACUUUUACAUCACCCAAGGAUCUCUACACUGGCAUUAAAGCCCGAACCCAACAGCCGUUCCCUCCCACGGUGCCAACAAAGCCUUAUGAUACAACAGUUUUGAAGACAAGAGGUAACCCUUACAGAUAUGAACUGCUUGAUUUUCCAACGGAUUCCAAGAAGAAAGCAUUGGUUUGGCCAGGUCAGCAAGUAUAUUUUGACCUUCCUAAAUGUGUUGAGAAAAACAAGCCAGUGUUCUACCCAAAACCACCUAAAACCUUCGCUCCUAACACUUCUUUAAACUCAUGGGACCCUAUUACUUCUCUAAGAGAAGACAACAUACGAAGAAAUCUCGAGAGGUCCCACUGGAUCACUUCAUAUAAUCAUGACUUUACAGGUCUGGGGCCCAUGAAUCCCCUUGAACUGGAUGAUUACCAUGAAAAGGAGGUAGCAGAGUUAACUGGACAGAUAGGAUUUGACCCAGAGCCUCAAGAAAAAUUCCAUCCUGCCUUAAGGCCCACCAGACCCCUGGAAGGACGAAUUGCCCGACUGAUUCAGAACCGACGUCCUCUGGAAGCUACUCUUGAGCAAAGACCACCUUCCUGUCCAGACUGUACCCCUCGAGUUCGGUGUACUUUUCAUACCUUUGUGCCCAGUUCUACAGAAAUGAUGGCUCUGAGUGAUAACAUACCUGCAGGUGUGACACAUAAAAACCACGAGAUUGAAGAAAAGAUUAAGGAAGAACAAAGCUUGCUAUCUACCUAUGCACUCUCAUCCUGUUACCCAACAAAAGAUCUGGCUAAUACUUACGACAUAAAACCAUUUCCAAAAAUCACAGAUACUAAAGAGACUGAAGAUUUGUACUGGAGACAGCUGUCAUUAAAACCCCAACUUAUACCUUACUGUAACCCAGAUCAUUACAUUCCCUAUGAACAUUUAAAUCAGUAUAAUGUGUACCAAAACCCUGUUAGCCUUAGUAAGCCUGAUAUUUUACAAAGUAAACCAGACUUGAAAACUUUUGAUUUUGAACACUUUUUAAGUAAGCCAGAACAGUUGACCUUGAAUAUGGAGGAUGAUGAAGAAACAAAACCUAUCCUGGGUUGGAUUCCUAGAGCUGGAGUGGCCAAACCUCAAACGGACCUGCUGGAGCUUAAGAACACUUUUUCAAAAACUGGUGCACAAAAACGUUUCCAUACAUCGGUUCUAGAAGACUAUAAAGACCUGAGGGAUAAAGAGCACUCGGGGAAGAGACACCAAUUCUAUGGCCAUAAUUCCCAUUAUUUCUAUAAUUGAGCUACUCAUCCUUCCCUUCAAAACCCAGCUUCUUGCAAGAAAAGAAAAAAUAUAACAGAAUUUCUUCCUCAUUGCUGGAUUCUGUUUUCUGGAGAAGCCAUAAUGAGCUUGUUAAUGAACUUUAUGUUUUCAGGUAUUUAAGUUAGGGUCUGGUCAGAAGAACCCAGAAAAGGUGAUGUUCUGUCUUCUUCAAAAGUUUAACAAUUUGGCAAUAAAAUAGAACCAGAAAAA